UCAUCUCACCAGGUUAAGCUCGAAGCUUAGUAAUCAUGCUUGUGAAGGUCGUGGUUUCACUCUUAGCAGUCUGCUUGGCAGUUUCAAGCACUGUGCUUGUAGGAGCGCCAGUUGAUGCGGACAUCAACAGCCCAGAAACCAAGGAGGCCCUGCGGUUUGCAGUCGCUCAGUAUAAUGCAGAUAGCGACAGUGUAUACACCAGUGAAGUUGUUAAGGUUAUCAAGGCCCAGGUGCAGGUUGUGUCUGGUUUAAAGUAUAUCUUCACUGUCGAGAUGGCCAGGACAUCCUGCAAAAAAGAAGAACCUGAAAGCACUUGUACCGUCAAUUCAGACCCAGCCAUUGCACAGCAACACGAAUGCAAACUGGCAGUGUUGAGUCAGCCUUGGAUGCACAGCAUGAUGCUUAUUGAGAAUAACUGCUAAGAGCGAACCAGAAUCUGUCAUCAAAUCUGCUUUGUUGUAUUUUCUGGAUGUAUUUGGAGAUGGUAUUAAAAGGCUGUUCGAACUUGA